AUGUUCCUCCGCCGCGCCCUUGUUUCCGCCAACACCCUUGCCGCCCCGCUGCGCGGCGCCAAGCCCGCCCUGCGCUACGUCUCGGCCCCGAACCCCCCUGCCCUGCCGGCCCACUCUCCCCAGGCCCUCGAGUCUAUGUUCCAGUUCGAGCAGACCAACAAGACCCCCAUGGCCUCCCUGGUCCUUUACUUCACCGUGGCCUUCAUCCCCCUGGCCUGCACCGUGCCCAACCUUCACAACUCCCACUACUUCGGCAUGCACCUCCGUGGCCGCCUUGCCGAGGCCAACGCCUCCUACUAA